CGUCCUGAAGUUUCAUCAGCCGGUAGAGAAAAUGGAAGUACAGUGAAAAGAUUUCAAAACGGACUAUGACCAAGUUUAGGGUAAAAUGAUCAUGUGACAGCGAUACUUUCAUAUUGUUGAAAGAGGAAACUCUGGUUCUGGGAAAGUGCGCGUUUUGGUUAUCAUUCCAGUGGUGAGGAGACUUCGAGACGCAAGCCAUGUCCCACCCAAUGAUCCAGCCCAUCAUUGACUUCUCAGCAGGAGCUAUUGGUGGCACUGCCUGCGUGCUGAGUGGGCAGCCGUUCGACACGACCAAGGUGAAGAUGCAAACCUUCCCAUCGCUGUACCGUGGCUUCAUUCACUGCUUUGUCGCCACUUGCAGGACGGGAGGACUUAGGGCUCUGUAUAAAGGAACCACCCCAGCUCUGGUGGCCAACAUUACCGAGAACGCAGUGCUCUUCCUCAGCUAUGGACGGUGUCAGGACGUGGUACGCUUCCUGUGUGGUGUGGACCGAGGGGCGGAGCUUAGUGAUCUUCAGAAGGCCAGUGCAGGUUCUCUGGCCUCCAUCUUCUCUGCCACAGCCAUCACUCCCACAGAGCUACUCAAAUGUCGUCUGCAGGCCAUGCACGAGAUGGAGGCUACAGGGAAGAUUGCAGCAGGACACAAGAGUACCAUGUGGACAGUGGCGCGGUCAGUCGUGAAAGAGCACGGACCACUGGGGCUGUUUGCUGGGCUCUCCUCCACCAUCGUGAGAGAGAUUCCUGGAUACUUCUGCUUCUUCGGAGCCUAUGAACUGUGUCGCUCCACGUUUGCUCAGUACAUGGGAACAGACAAGGAUGGCAUAGGUAUACUGCCUCUAAUGUUCAGUGGGGGCUUCGGAGGGGCCUGUCUCUGGAUGGUGGUCUUCCCCAUCGACUGUGUCAAGUCCAGGAUCCAGGUUUACUCUUUAACUGGAAGACAAGAGGGCUUCAUGAAGACCUUUAGGGCCAUCGUACGCCAAGAAGGUGUGGCAGCUCUGUAUUCUGGCCUUACCCCAACAAUGAUACGCACCUUUCCCGCCAACGGAGCUCUGUUCUGGGCCUAUGAAAACAGCCGCAAGUUCAUGAUGGACCAUGUGAAAGCCUGAACUGAUCAUAUGAGAAGCAACUAAAUGUUUGAGAUUUUUUCGAAUGCUUUUUAUUUUGCAUGUAUUAAUGUAAAUAAAUAAAACUGCUGCACAUAAUUGUUCAUAUUGAUUGAUGAUUUAUUUAAAUGAAAACAAAAGGUUUUUAAUUAUCGCUAUUUAACACAAAAAUAGUCAGAAUUCUUAAUCUCCACAGUAUGAACUCUGCUCCAAACCACUUGUUUUUACUGACAGAGGAUUGGCUGUGGACCUCUCCAUUCAAAUGACCCAAACUGAUCAUUAAUCUCAAAGAUUCCACUGCACUCACACUUCACUUUUUUCACAACUUGUUUUUACAGUUUGAUGAGAAAUAAGUCCAUGUGGUGCUUGUGGUAGAGCCCUAAAGUUAGAUAGAGCGUACAGCCACUAGAGAUGUGACAUUUGUGACCGAGUCGGCUCUUUUGAAUGGUUCCUUAACAUGAAUGAUUGGAACCGGAUCUCAUUUUUUAAAAGAACCGGAUCUUUUUCCUUUUAGUUUAUUUUGCAUUUUUACACUGGUUAACACUGAACCAACACAAGAAUCAGAACAGAAGCAGAGCAGCCAACACGUAAGAGAUUUGUGCACAAAAACAUUUGGCAUCAUAUUAAUAGUUAGUUUUAAAAUUAUUAUUAUUGCAGCGCAACGUUUUGUUUAGAUUAUGUAUAAUUUGAAAGGGUAAACACACUCUCUCUCUCAGUUUGAAUCACUUUAAACACAUCUGACUCUUGGUUGUUUCUCUCUGUGAUUAGUUUGUUGAUAAAAGUUCUCAUACUGGCUUCUGUCAUGUAAAUAAAUAUUA